AUGCUGAUUCCGACCUCGCCAACUAUGCACUGCUCGGAUGCAAAAGUUACCGUGGGAAACCGCGACGUUAUUAAACUGUUUGUGGGACAGAUACCCAGACACCUGGAGGAGGACUCUUUACGACCUCUUUUCGAAAAGUACGGCAAGAUCUACGAAUUCACCGUCCUCAAGGACAAGUACACAGGAAUGCAUAAAGGUGUGUGCGGCGUCGGCGACGUCGGCGGGUGCAUGCAUCCAGCGGCGGCGGGUGGCAUGCAGCGCACGCGUUCCGGCGGCAGGCGCAGGCGUCGGCCGAACGGCCACCCUCGUGGCCACACACUGCCGCCCGUGCUCGAUAGUAGACGCCGCUCUCAUCUCUUACUCGUUAACCCCGUGGUUGGUUCAGUGUGCUAUGAAGCGGUGAAGAACUAUCCUUGUUGUUGA